ACACCUAGAUCAACCCUGCGGGAGAACUUCACGGUGGUUCCGCUAGACGUCAAGAAAGACAGGACGCCACACACCAGUGCCAAAAGGCGGCCAGCCGCACAAGUUGACUUACACAAACACCGAAGCUGCAGGCUGUGGCUGCAGCCAGCACAGCGGACAGACAGCCCCACAACACACGCCUCUCCACGCACCACACGCUCCGCCAAGCGCGCCUCGCCCCGCAACGCGGCGCGCAAAGGCGCCGUGCACGUGCACGAUGGACUGCCGCCGCUCCGGCACCGACGGCCCGACCGACUCCACCCUGAGCCGGGUGCCUGCUCGGCGGCGUGUGGUAGGUGCGGUGGGCGGCGGCGGGAACGGAGCCGCGGCUGGAGUGAAGGGCGAGCCGCCGCCGCCGCACCACCACCACCAGCGACGAUUGUUCGCGGCUCGCCCCCGCCGCCAGGCGCCGGAUCGGCAGUGAGGCUCGCGGCGGCGCAGCGUAGGCGCGCCUAGAGCCACACCG